AUGCAUGAUGAAUGUACUCCACUACAGACAACGUCCAUCAUUCAAGAUAUCCAAGCAACAGACAUUGCUGCAAGAGGGGAGCUAAAUGUCAUAGAAACAGAUACUGUGUCCCCCACAAACGGAGAAGAAAGUCAUUACAAGAACCAGGUCCAGAUAAAAAAAAAUAAAACACAUGUGAGUUCAGAAUUAAUGGAAAAGGAAAACAACACAUCAUUGAAUGGAAAUGUAACAGGACAAAAAGAAUCACAGAACAAAAUGUUCCCAGAUAAAGCAGAAAAUAAAGCUGAUAAACAAACAGAACACAUGACUGCUGAGAACAUAAAUGGCAACAAGAAAGAGAUUCAUGACAUAAUCCAGACAACAGAAAGAGAAAUUCAAGAGAUCUCAGAAAGCCAAAGAGAAGAGAUUACCACAUCUUCAAUAACACGUGACAGCUUCAAUAAAUAUGUGAAUAGUCUUCUUCCCAAUAAUCCAGAGAGCGUAAACAAAAAGAAUAACAUAAUGGAAAAGGAGUUUCUUGAUGUGCUGAAUGAUGAAACUGGACCACAGGUGUCUUGCUAUAUUACAGCACCAUCAUACGUUCUACAACACCUAGAAUGCCGAAUAAUUAAUAGCAUGAGUUCUUUAAUAGUGAGUGAAAAUGAAGAGUUGGUCAGCAAUGUCAUCACUAUUGAGUUCUCAGAUCAGGAAAAGAGAAUCCCAUUCCCAAUAUGCAUUGCAAUUCCAUUUAAUGCACGUUACAGGGGAAACUACAGAGACAUCAUGGUGAAAGUGUCUGACAUAAGCCUUCAAUCAAGUUACCUAACCCCAAAUGCUCUGGAAGGACCAAGAGGAAGUUAUAAGGGGACCUGUGCUGAAGUGAAAGCUUACAAGCUGGGUAUAUUUUCUGUCGUGUCUUGUUUAAAGAAAGAGUCCUUCACAGUAACAAAGAAAGGCCUUAUUCUUAAACCAAGCAUGGAUUCCCGGAUAUCCUUAAAUUAUCCCCAAGGAGUUUUCAGCUCACCAGUGCUUGUACAAUUAAAGGUAAAUAUUAAAAAUCGGACAAAAUGUGUUUCCGUAAGAAAACCUGGGAGCAAUGCCUGUGAAUCUUUGAAAUUACUAGGAUUCAGAAGUCGAGAUGGUGGCUGGUUUGUGCUUGAUGAUGUUGUGGUGAGAACCAUGCAAAGUGGUUUGGUAUCAUUUGAAUUGUUCGAACAUUUAGAGAGGUUUAUUGUGCUUCACCUCUCUUCCGUUGUGGAUAACAGCUGCUUGGUUUCUUUUGUGAAAUCUUUAGAGGAAGCCACACUCUGCACCACUGCUUGUGUGGUACUGAAUCACCAGAAACACAAUCCACACAGAGCAGUUAUUUUAGUGGUGCCUCAUAAAGAUUUAAACCAGGCGCUUAAGCACUUGCACUUGGGAGGGUUCAGCGGUCCUCCAGAGCCAUCUUGCCGUUUCCAAUUAAGAGAAGGAGAACAACUGCUUUUAAGGUUUACUGGAAACAUAUUUGCUUCAAGCAAUGGGAAGGACUUUGGAAAAGACUACCAGCUUAUUUUUCACUUACAAAGACAACCCAGACUGGAACUCCAACUCAAAGAGGUGGAUGAAUUUGGAAACUAUAGCUGCCCUCAUUACAAGGGCACUAUUGAAGUUUAUAAAGUACUUAAAGAAAAGAUUGCCCCUAACUUGGAUCAGUCUCUUAUACUUCAUGAAAACCAAUAUCAGUUGCCAGUUUGCAAAUUACCAGUGAGCUUGCCGAAGCAUGAAAAAUUAAUCAACCGUCCACAGAGUACCAGAAGAAUUUCUACAGAUCCUCUAGAAGCCCUUUGGGAUAACUUGCUGUACUGGCUGGCAGAGGAGCUCUCAGAAGACAACGCCACGUCUCUGUCCUCAUCCCUCCCUCUUCGCUGCAGCACCAUUCAGCUCAUCAAACUGAAGAACCCUGAUAAUCUCACAGAACAAAUCCACGAACUUCUUAGCUUCUGGAAGAAAUCGCUCCCAACUUCCACCGAUAAACUUCGCCUUUUGGCACGUCAUCUCCGCAAGAUUGGCAGGGGUGAUCUUUCAGAAGAGCUCAAAUUCAAGUGGGAAAAUAAAGUGUUCACUGAGCAACAGCAGUGGUUUGAUAUGGCAGAGUAA